AAAAAUUAAAUCAUUUUCCAUAUAGUUUAAGUGUGUGACCAUCAUCCCUCUCUUCUCCUCUAAAAAUUUAAUCCUUAUUCUAACUUCUAAAUUAUUAUCUUUAAUGUUCUUUUCAUUUCCUCUCUCCAUUGUCAGCUUAUAAAUUAGAAGAAAUUUGAGAAGCAAAAACUUGUGUGUAGAUUAAUUUGCACUAUACGCAGAAAGUGAUGGAGAUCUUCCCGGAGUCCGUACUAUCACUGUGGAACAAAUGUGAGAUACGUGUUUUGGUUUUACUAAGCCUGUUAUGGCAAGUUAUCCUGAUCAUAUGUGGUCCAAUGAGAAAACACAAAAGAAGUGGCAUCAAAGGAUUGAUCCUAAAUUUUGUUGUUUGGGUGACAUAUUUGACGGCAGAUCAGUUAGCAACUGUAGCAUUGGGGACACUUGCCACGAACCAAAUAGAGGUUGACAAGUCCAAUUCCAAAAGAGAGAGCAAAGACCAAUCUGUUCAAGCAUUAUGGGCACCUUUUCUGUUAUUGCAUCUUGGUGGCCCUGACACAAUCACUGCUUAUUCCUUGGAAGACAACACCUUAUGGAGGAGGCACCUGCUUGGUCUAAUUGUCCAAGUCAGUGUUGCAUUCUACAUCUUCCUAAGGUCAUGGGGAAACAAUGCACUAACAUUUGUGGCCAUUCCGAUGUUUGUUUCCGGAAUCAUCAAGUACUCUGAGAGAAAUUGGGUUCUAAGGUCUGCUACCACCGACCAAUUUAGGAAGUCUUUGCCUUCAAAUGUCACGCUACAAAUCCCAAAUUCAGAUCACAUCCUUAGGGACCCUGAAUUGGAAUGUAUUCACAAAGGAUAUUCUUUGUUUCCCUUAGUCAAACGUCUUUAUGCAAAUCUAGGCGUAGAAGAUCAAGAUUUAACUACAAGCUUUAAUUUGGCAAAAGAAUGUGUGCUUGAGAUGAAACCACCAAGUGCCUUUAAAGUGGUGCAAGUGCAACUUGGGUUUUUAUUUGAUGUGCUCUACACAAAGGCCUCUAUAAUUUAUACCAAAAAAGGACUCUUUCUAAGAUUGGUGAGUGCUUUAUCCACAACAUGUGCAGUGGUUGCAUUCAUUCUUGUGAUUCAUGGUGAUGAUGCCUACUCAAGGGUUGAUGUUGAUAUAACAUAUGUUUUGUUUAUUGGGGCAAUCUUUCUUGAGCUUUAUGCAUUUUUUGCCAUUACUUUGUCUGAUUGGACAAUGUGUUGGCUAACCAAAAGAGAGAGGAGUUGUUUGCUAAACUUAAUGUACUCUUUCAUUUCUCGCUUUCGAUCAAUUUUAUCAGGCAGUAAAGACAAGUUAUACAUGAGUCAACUCAGCCUGAUGGAUCUUUGCUUAAAAGAGACAACCACAUCUUGCAUUGAAGACUACUUGUUCAACAAAAUCUUACCCUUGGAAUUUAAUCUGCUCCGUAAUGAGCGAUUGGAAGAGGUGGAUACCGAUAUGAAAAAACUUAUAUUUAACAACAUACUAUAUAGCAAUCAUAGGUUUGAAAGGAAUAGUUUAGCAAUAAAUGUGAUUUAUUGGCAUGUUGUAACAGAGAUUGUGUACCACUCCACUAGUCCUAGUCCUGGUGAGGAAGGCAAACGCAAACGUGAAGCAUGCAAGAAGAUAUCUGAUUAUCUAUUCUAUAUAUUGCUUCAACACCCUUCCAUGUUGCCUCCAUGGAUUGGUGGUAUUGAAUAUAUCCAAGACACCAUCAAUCAUGCCCGAGAGUUAUGUCAUCAUGCGGAGUCUCCUGCUCAAGCUGCUCAAAUUCUAAAGCAAUAUGUGAAUACGAAUCGUGAUGGAGUGAAAAGUCGCAAGUCAUUCUUAGAUGGAAGUUAUGGAAUUUUUGAAAACAUGGAUCAGCUACAUGGUGUCUGGUUAGAUAUCUUGACCUCCGCUACUGAUAACUUUGAAUGGGGUUCACAUGCUCAACAACUACCAAGUGGAGGGGAAUUCCUUACUCAUGUUAGUCUUCUCAAGAUGGAUCAUUUUUUAAGUCAAAUCUUGUCGAAAAAGCAAACUUCAGAAACAGAGGUGCGGACGAGGGAUGGACAAGAUGCAUAAACCACAAACCAGCAUCUCCACAUGCUGCUUUUCAGGCUCUCUAGUUCUGUGUUUGUGGUUCUUGUCACAUCAGUAAUGUACAUAUUUACUACUUAUAUUAUAUAUCAUUCUUUUUCUUAUUGUAUAUCCUCCAGACCUCCCAAGAUACACAUAACAUCGUUAUGAGUUUUUAUCACAUUUAGAGAAAUUUGUAUAUUGCAUAAUAUGAGGAGGGUCAGGACACUGAUCCUGAGCUCUUGCUCCAUUGAAGAACUUCCACCAAAGGUAGGCAAAUUGUUUCAUCCAAUAUACCUUGACUUGCUUGCCUGGAGUAAUAUGCAAUCUGCUCAAUCUUCAAACUUCAAAUCUCAAUGGAUGUUAUAUUCUUCGCAAUCUUGUUUUUGUUGCACUGCACUACUCCUACAUAGAACAUAUUAACAGGGAACUGCUCCUUGUAUUUCCAAUUUCUGCCACUUAAGCUUAGGAUUUUGCCUUCCCUUCUUUUAUAUAAAUAUUGAAGCACUAAGUUAAAGGGAAAUGAGUGAUUUUUAUUUGCACAAAAUGUUAAUGGAAUUAUGAAUGCAAUGUUUGUUCGGAAAUUUAUUGGGGAUGCCUAGCAUCUAUUUUGGAGAGGUAAGAGUAAAACUAAUUUUUGUAAUUUUAAUUUGUUUAAUUGCUGGUCCUCAAAAUCG